GUUCUUUAUUGUAUUUCAGCUUUUAUUAGUAGAAACUUUGGUGAGGAAGAACCAGUCCUUGACUCAAGGAUCGUUGAAAAAUAUGAGCAUUGUGUGAGGAGGCCGGAUCAGAGAAAUUCUAUGAGAAAUGGUAUAGAACCAGCACCUAAUAAUAGACCCCCACACACUCUUACAAAGAAUAAAUCUCGAGAAAGUUUAACGAGUAGAAAGUCAUCAUCUUCGCUAAAAAGCAUUGGAGGCGAUUCUAUGCAAAACAAAACUAAAACGAAGACAAAAGGACGGACAUCACCGAGUGUAAAGAGCACGAAAAUAAACGACAAACAUGUCAGGUGUUCUAUAUCUCCAUCGUCUUCGUGGUAUUAUGAUCCACUAAAUGCUGUAUGCAACAUUCCAUCAAUAAAACCAGUCCGAAGUUCAUCUACUGGAGCGUUAGUCAAUAUUAAUGACAGAUUCCAGCCAAAACGAAGUGCAAGCUGUAAUAAUAAUCCGCUUGUGAAACGAAAUUCUCUUAAAAAGCAUAACAGUUCCUUGGAUCAGAAUCUAAACCAUUCAGUUUCGAACUGUAGUUUAGUUGGCUCGACUGAAACCGGAAGUAAGUUAUCCACGUCGAACUGUGUCAAAAUCCGGAAAUGCCGUACGCGUUCUCCUAGUAUAAGAAGUGUUAAUGAUGAUAUAAUUGGUUCUUCCCCUAAAGAAAACACCAAUGAAAUGUCUUGCUCUGACACUUCAACCAAAACACUCACCUCAGAAAUGAUGAAGGGUAUUCAUAAGCAACAUCCGUCUACCCAAAGCUCUCCGUCCAGUAAAAGCAGUAAGCAAAAUAUUUCGCCAAAAUCAGAAGCGACUCAAGCCAAAAGACAGUCUAAUGAUUCAAAGGAAUUAUCGCAAACUGAAAGCCUUGAAGAGAUAGUGAAAAAUUCUUCAAAUUUACCAGCUACAAAAGAGAAGAGUAAAACGAAUCCUAAAAUGUAUGCUUCUGCAUUUUCUUCAUCGUCCACUUCAUCUUCAUCAUCCUCUCUGAAGGCUCCAAUAGCUGCCGCCGCUGCAGUUGCGCUUGGUCCACAAGGGGAUUGCGAGACGCUGGCUUUUCGAAAGACAAGCAAUAGGUCUUCUAGUAAAAUUAAUCGAAAAUCUUGGCCAUUUUACCAAAAUCAGUUGCUUGAUGUUUGUCAAGGAGCGCCUGGUGUCCCCAAGCUGAAAUCUAGCCCCCUUUCAACUGACCGUUUAACCAGAAUUGAAAAGAAGAAGCAACGCAGUCAAUCAUUUGAUAAGGACGGUGUUGCCAGUUUGACGACACCUUAUAUUAACACUCCGGCUAACGCUCAGCCAAAGAUAUCUAAUUAUUCUAUCACCUCCUCUGGUUCAUUCGUUUCAGCUAGCAGCUACUCUACAGAAUCUUAUGAGUCUUUAUUCACAUCAGAAGAAUGCAACGAAGCAACGGAAGAAACCAGUAUGAAACAUUGCUCUUCUCACACCGAGUCAUCACCUACUCUUCAAUAUGUCAGUGCAGAAGGUGCAUCUGUCGGUGGUAGUACGUCAGCAGAAUCCUUUGCAACGGUCAAUGAGUCGGCCACAGAACACGUUUCCGUCAACGGUAGUACAUCAGCUGAUUCUUUUGCAACCGUAGAUGGUUCUUCUGCAGAUUCUUCUCAGAGCAUGCGCAGAUUUCCACCUCCACUUCAAGAACAACCAGCGCCACCAGGUCCGACGUUAUUGUUAACAACUUCAACUUCCACCGAUUCAUCUCAGUCAUCGUUGUCACCUUCUCUUUCUCCUCGUUUUCGCUCUUUGCAGGCGUCACCUUUUGUGCCAACUGCUUCACCCAUUUCACCCUCUUCAUCAACAUCAUUAACACCAAAUGCCUCAAGCGAUCCAAACGUACAAUCAGUACAUGCAUCACCUGCAAAAACUUGUACAUCUUCUUCGACACAAUGUUCACCGUCAGACAUUUCAAACACCGAAUUCUUGCCUUCAAAUAUGUUAGGAACUCUUAUCGGUUUCGAUGUACUCUCUAUAAACUCUAUCAACAGAUAUUCCAAAGGGGAAACCUCUCCAUCACACAGUAACGAAGUUGAAUGCGGUUCUUUUCCGAUUACUCCGGACGACAGUGUCAGCGAUUUGACGACACCCCGUCAUUCUUAUGCAGAGAGCAUGGUUGACCAGAUCAGUUUAAAUAGUACCAGUACGUCAGAUGGUAGCCAGCUUGCAGGGGAAUGCCCAUUUCUGUUCAAUUGUAAUGUGAGAAGGACUGUAAAACUCACUUUAUCCAGUACAUGUCCAACAUGCCAUAGAUCAUUAAUUGCAGAUUUUAAUCCCCGAAUGCCGCGCAAGUGUAGUUACGAUGGACUGUACUACUGUGAUAAACACCAUGUGGAUGACAUUUUCUAUAUUCCUGCUGAAAUGGUUUUUAAUUGGAAGUUUGAUAUGUUUAAAGUGUCACGCCAAAAUUACGAUUUUCUAAGGUCGUGGUUUGAUCAACCGGUUAUUGACUUGAGUGCACUGUGCGCACGUCUACAUUACUAUGUCACACCUUUGAAUAACGUCCGGGAUCAGCGACAAUAUCUGAACUAUCUACAUGGAAUUCUAAAUACAUGUUAUUCUACUGAAGUGAAAGAACUCCUGACUGACUGGCCAUGUAGCUACAUAUAUGAGGAAGAAGACCUGUAUUCAAUGCAUGAUCUGGUUAAGGUCAACUCUGGAGAAAUGGGGGCCUACCUAGACGUCUGGAUUACUAAAUCAAGCAAACAUAUCAAAAAAUGCAAUAUGUGUAAACGUGAAGCUAUUGCCUGCAAGAUCUGUCACUCUGAACCUGUUCUGCUAACGUAUGAUAAAAACGCAGCUGUGUGCUCACGCUGUGGAGAUUUGGUGCACAGAUCGUGUCUUCCAGUCAGUGGAGUAUGUACUAUCUGCGAAAUACCACGUGGUACACCGGAAGACAUCAACAAACAUUGUUGCAUUGCAUGAGGAGAAAUAUAAUACCCAGUCAACUGUCUGAGAUGUGCAUUCGAUAACUUCCAGGCUAUUAAGGAUAAGUAGGUCAAUGAACGUGACAAAGAAAUUUCUUCACAUGAAAGAAAAAGCAAUUGUAUAAACAAUUCUGCAAAAAUGAGUCACAACAAGUAAUGUCCGAAUGUAACAUGUAUAUAUAUAUAUAUGUGUGAGUGUAUGUGU